UGGAAGUGUCUAAACCACAGAUGCUGUAUUCAUCCAGAGCCUGGACCACCAGCAUUCAGUUGUUCAGCAAGAGUAGUAUAUUACACUGGAUCGCAGAUAUUCCUAAAACAGUCUUACUGUUAAUACUUGGAUUGAAAUACACGCUUAUGUAAACUUGAUGGGUCAGAAGUGACUUUUUGUGAACUGGAGAUUAUAAGCGUCGUUUUUUCUUUCCCUCACAGUGAACAGAGGAGUCUUGUGUUUCUCCUGGACCACCUGCACCAACACCUGCAUUUCUGCUCUGGAUGAGGAGGAAAAAUAAUCCGUUUACAAGGAAUAACCUGAUCCUUGUGCAAUUUCUACAGGAUGGGCAGCGUUGACUUUGGCCCACUUUUGGAGAUCAUAGAGGCGAGAGACGAAUGGCUGGAUGACGAUUUUCCAAGGCCACUUCCUGCUGAGGGUGACAUGGACUCUUCCUGUGCCCUGAGCGAGGGGAGAACUUCUCCCCCAAGCUCUCUCCUCAUUGGUGGAGCCGGAGGGGGCGGAGCUCACCGGAAGCGUCGCACAUUGGUGGCGCCUGAUAUGAACUUGUCGUUGGACCAGAGCGAGGGGUCCUUGCUUUCUGAUGACUUCUUGGAUACGCCCGAUGAUCUGGAUAUUAACGUGGAUGAUAUAGAGACACCCGAUGAGACGGAUUCACUGGAGUUUAUAACCAACGGGAAUGACCUAGAAUGGGAGGAUGACACACCAGUUGCCUCGGCCAAAGCGCCCCCUGCUGACAGCGAUGCUGAUGGAGAAAAUAUGGAUGGGACGGGUGCCAAUGGGCGUUUGUGGAGGACUGUGAUCAUUGGGGAACAGGAACAUCGCAUUGAUAUGCAGGUCAUACGGCCCUAUCUGCGGGUCAUAUCACACGGAGGAUACUAUGGUGAAGGCUUGAACGCCAUCAUUGUGUUUACAGCAUGUUACCUUCCUGACAGCAGCUGCCCAGAUUACCAUUACCUGAUGGAAAAUCUCUUUCUGUAUGUGGUGAGCAGUCUGGAGAUGCUGGUGGCGGAGGAUUACCUGAUCAUCUACAUGAAUGGAGGAACGCCGCGGAGUAAAAUGCCUGGCAUUAGCUGGCUCAAGAAAUGCUACCAGAUGAUCGACAGAAGACUGAGAAAAAACCUGAAAUCUCUGAUCAUCACUCAUCCCUCCUGGUUUAUCCGGACAGUCAUCGCCAUUUCCAAACCCUUCAUCAGUGUAAAGUUCAUGAACAAGAUCCGUUACGUGCACAGUUUGGAAGAGCUGGAAAAGUUUGUUCCCAUGGAUCAUAUUCAUAUCCCAGAAUGCAUCUUACAAUUUGAAGAGGAACGGUUGAACGCUAGAAAAGAGAGAAUGGAGCAGGAACAAAAAGAGCAACAGCAUCAAGAACAGCAACAAAAGCCAACCAAUCCAGACAGGACCACAGCGAUUGAAGAACCUGGACUCUGAGUUGGCGAGCUUUAAUGUUUUUGUUGCUGAUCUUGGAUCAUUUGCCAUAUUCCCAAAUUGUUUAAUUAAUACACCAAUUAGAAGAUUCAAAACUGUUCUCAGAUCAGCAUCAAACAGAAACUUUAAACGAAAGGGUGAGAAAUCCACUUGCUCUCGCUUUCGUCUGCAAAGGCACAAUUUAAAAAAUGAAAUCUCCACCAACAGAUGGCAUUACGCACAGAGGAACGUCACUGUUUUUGGUAGCAGGAUGUAUCAUCGUGCAUUGUAGCCUUUUCGCAGUUGUUGCUUUUUAGGUCGCCGUUCCCUGCUUUUCUGGUCCUUAAGAGAGUCACAUGACCUGCCUUUAACUGACAAGUGUAUGUCCGCUCAGGAUUUGAUUGGUGAAUAAUUGGUGGUGCAUGUCGAUUUCCAAGCAUCGCAACAACCGCUUCUGUGCUUCUCUGUGUGAAUGCGCCCAAAUCGAAUGUAACUUCCAUUUUGCCAAUUAUGUUUGCCUGGAAUCCUUUAUUGGAUGCUUUUUUGAAUGUUUUAACCUCCAUUAUAUCGUUUAAAGGGAUAGUUCACCCAAAAAUGAAAAUGUUGUCAUCAUUUUGAACACAAAAGAAGAUAUUUUGAAGAAUGCUGGUUGAUAGUAUCCCGUGACUUCCAGUGUAUUUGUUUUUUCUACUAUGGAAGUCAAUAGCUACUGCUUUUCAACAUUCUUAGCAAUAGCGUCUUUUGCAUUCAACAGAACAAGGGUCAGUAAAAGAUGACAGAAUUUUCAUUUUGGGGUGAACUAACACUUUAAUGACCAGCGUUUGUACAUGAUAAGUGCCAGUCGUCUCUCAAAGCAUUUUGACAUUACUCAGCAGUAUUUAUGUUGCCUUCUGUUUGCUAUUAAAAUGGUUCAAAAUAAAAUUUCUGCUAAAUGUGUGA